AUGAAGCGCAACUUUGGAUCACUGAACCUUGCGGCGUUAGACCUGAAUAGACCUGCAGAUGUUACCGACUGCAGCCUGGAAGACCGAUUUUCGGCCAUGGGCCCUGGUGCAGAAGACUGCAGUAUGGACGCUGGCUCUGACUACAGUAGUGACGAGAAUGUGGGCUUUCCUUUGGAACGAUUUCAGCUAUUGGCUACGAUGCCUCAGUCGUUUUGUGAUGAGGCACCACGAUACAUGGACAUGAAGGACGGCUUGCCUAAGCUCUCGCUACCUGUGCGUACUCCGUCGGUGAGGAUCCAGACGCACAAUGAGGACUGUGACGUACGGAUAAGCGAGCUGCUGCAUCCGUCAUCGUCCGAGACACCGCCGCUUCAGGUGGAAAUUAACGCACUGAGAUGUUUGAGUCUCAAGGUAAUGCUGUCCAAUCUGUCUACGUCCAACAACAACAACAACAACAACAGCAGCAGCAGCAGCAGCACUAGUGCCACUGCCAGUGUUGCAUCCAACAAGCCCAACUACACAUAUCCUGGCGUGAACGAUCGCACCAAAACGGCGCUUCUACCGAUCCGUCACCCAUCACUACAGAGCGUCUAG